AGUGUUUGGAGGCUAUUCAUUCAGUUGUGUGCUCAUCAUCUUGUUUAAUACCAAAGCUCUUCAUAUUCUCCUCCUUGAUUUCAUCAGCUUGAGGUUAGAGAGAUUUGGAAGAUGUCUUGCAGCUGUGGAUCAAGCUGCAACUGUGGCUCAAACUGCACUUGCGGGAAGAUGUACCCAGACCUGGCAGAGCAGGCCAGCACCACCAGCAGCACCCAGGCCCAGGUGCUGGUUCUCGGCAUGGCGCCGGAGAAGAAACAGGAGCAGUUCGAGAUGGCCGGCGUGUCCGGCGAAGGGUGCAGCUGCGGCGACAACUGCAAGUGCAACCCUUGUAACUGUUAGUCCAUUAAUCAUGAUGAACUUGUGGUUAGUAAAUAAGCGCCGAGUCAGAGCGUGUGGUGUGAUUGUGUUGUUGUUUACUUGCUCUUAAUUGGUGUAUCCUUCCUUGUGAGUAUGUAUGUAUCUGUGUGUCUGUGUGUGUAAUUGGUACAUUUGAUCAAGCUCUCUGCACUGGGGAGUUUGGCCAGUGAACCAACCAUCAGUAUAUAAGAAAGGCAGAGGCUCUGUUUGUCUGUCUAAUUUAUUGAAGGGAGAAAUUGGUAGACUUGAAUUAA